AUCGACGGAUUGCGGUUCUCACGCUGGAUCUGAGCGCGUUAUCAGUUAACUGGCGGUGACGAUGUCGUGGAGCCACCAGCGAAACGUAAACAAACGACGCCCACGGUUCCAGCCGAACCCCAAAUUGGAUCCGAUUCCGAAUCUAGCCGAAGUCCUGGGCCAAAAAAAGCGCACAGCUCCGGCUCCGAGUCCCACGGCCACCAGAUACUUUCACACUGGCUCCGCGUGCGCUUCGUUUCUAGCGUCGUGUGUGUGCAAUGUCAUUUUCCAGUGGCUCAUCAUCGUCCGCCUGGGAUUAUCGGAGUACUCCGGCAUCGCUCGGACUCCUGGGGCCGCGUCAAAAUGCCACAGUCACGCCCACGGAACUGGGUGUUCAGUCGACGAGCCUGGGAGCCGGUCACUUCCUCUGGCUGGCCAUCAAUGCCCUGCUGUUCGGCCUCAUCCUGGGCGGCAACAUACUGACCAUCGUGGCGGUGCGCACCUGCCGCCACCUGCGAUCGGUCAUCUCCAACCUGUUCAUCCUCUCGCUGGCCGUCUCCGAUUUCUGUGUGGGUCUGGCCCUGCCCUACCACCUGGUCUUCUACAUGGGCUCCGACAUUGGGGCCAUGCGGGCGCCCUGCCUGCUGCGCUUCUUCCUGCUCAUCUGCGCCUGCUGCGUGUCCAUGCUUACCCUCAUCUCCAUUGCGGUGGAUCGGUACAUAGCCGUGGUCUACGCCCUGCACUACAGAAGAUACAUGACCCGACGCGUGGCCUACAGCAUCAUCAUCUCGAAUUGGUGCCUGGGUGCCUUGGUGGCCCUGCUGCCCGUGUUCUGGAACCGGUGGCCCGAGGCGCAGGCCUGCGAGUUCGACGAGGUCCUCUCGCCCGGCUACAUAGCCGGGGUGAUCACGCCGGGCUUUGUGAUCAUCUGGAUCUGCAUGCUGCUGGUCUACUGGCGCAUCAUGCGCGAGGCUUCCAAGCAGGCCCAGCGACUGCGCCAGUCGGUGGUGUACAGCACGGAAGAGGCCACCACCAUGCGCAGUAUGCUGCUGCAUCCCGACUGGAAGAGCGUCCAGAUCGUGGUCUUCAUCAUGGGCUGCUUCACGCUCUGCUGGCUGCCGUACUUCUGCGUGGCCAUUGCCCAGCUGUUCAGCAUCUGCCGCAGCAGCUCGAUGAUCUACAAGACCACGUUCUCGCUGGCCAUCGCCAACUCGGCCCUCAAUCCGAUCAUCUACUCGUGGAAGAACUCCGGCUUCCGGCGAGCCUUCGCCCAAACCCUAUGCUGCCGGUCGGCGAGGCAGUGCGAGGAUCAGCUGCCGGCGGACAGCAAGCACCGCAUGGAGGUGGCCACCUCCUCCUCCACGGGCUACCAGCAGGAGAUCAAGUCCAAGGCCACUCAGUGAUCAGCAUCGGGAUUACCCAAAUACCCAUCCCUUGACUUGGUAGGAUUAUUUUCAGAUGAUAGCAAUUAAAGCAUUUUCUUUUAGAGCUCUACUCAUGUUUAACCCAUUAUAUAGAUUUGUGAAACUGGGCGAACUGAUAAGUAUGCAAUAUAAUAUAACAACACAACAAUCGGGUUCUAAGUGGCGCCAUCUGCCGAGGGUAAACACAGCAAGCUAAGCGCGAGCUAACAGUUAUUUCUCUCUCUCCACUCUUUUAAAAAUAUGAAUUUCGUUUUUCAAGUAUAAAGUGACGUCACAAUAACUUAAUUGCCAAUAAUUUCUAAAAUAUUGGUUGGAUUUGUAUAAUUUUUGG